AUGGCUGCAGCAACAGCUCAAUUCUUUGAUAUCCCCAAGAAAUAUAAAGCCAUCGUUUACGACAAGCCCGGAACCAUUUCCACAAAGAUCGAGCAAUUAGAUACACCUGAACCUGGACCUGGCGAUGUGCUUGUUCGACUCACCCAUAGUGGUGUCUGCCACAGUGAUAUGGGAAUCUGUGAAAACAGUUGGCGUGGCCUUCCUUAUCCGACGCAAGCUGGGCAAGUGGGCGGUCAUGAAGGGGUUGGAAUCGUCCAAAAAUUAGGCCCAGGUUCGGAGAAUGGUCGCGUGAAGCUGGGUGAUCGUGUUGGAAUCAAGUGGAUCGCAUAUGCUUGUGGAUCUUGUCUUCCUUGUCUUGCGGGUAAAGAUGGUGUUUGCUUCAAUCAAAAAAUCUCUGGCUAUUAUUAUCCGGGAACCUUCCAGCAAUACGCGCUCGCGCCAGCGAACUAUGUAACGCCGAUUCCAGAUGCUCUAGAUUCUAAGGACGCUGCUCCUCUACUAUGUGCUGGUGUCACGACGGGCCGGCCACCCCCUCAAGUAGGCGAAGCUCACAGAACUUUUGAAUUUAGAUAUUCAGCCUUGAGAAAAAGUGAUGCAGAAAGUGGACAAUGGGUUGUUAUCGCCGGUGCGGGAGGUGGUCUUGGCCACUUAGCUUGUCAAAUCGGAAGUCGUGGUAUGGCAAUGAGAAUUAUUGGAAUUGAUCAUGGAAGCAAGGAAGAAUUGGUAAAAGAAUGCGGGGCAGAAGUCUUCAUUGAUCUCACCAAGUUCGACGAUAAGGCAAUUGCAGAAGAAGUCAAGAGAGUCACAGGUGGACUUGGAGCAUCUGCUGUCAUCGUAUGCACUGCUUCUAAUCGCGCUUAUGCUCAAGCGCUUAGUUUCUUGAGAUUUGGAGGAACGUUGGUCUGCGUUGGAAUGCCGGAAGGCGACUCCCAACCUAUUGCCACCUCGUUCCCUGCAGCUAUGGUCGCCCAAGAAUGGAAGAUCAAGGGUUCGUCAGUAGGCAACCAACGUGAAGCAUUGGAGGUACUUGAGAUGGCCGCCAGAGGUAUUAUUAAGACUCGUAUUCGAAUGGAGAAGAUGGAGAACUUGACGGAGGUAUUCAAGGAGAUGUCGGAAGGUAAGAUGCAAGGAAGAGUCGUACUUGAUCUGGCAUAG